AUUGCUUAGAGGUUCAUUCGUCUUACAGUGUUUUUCAGGUACUUCCUUUACAGACAAAAAAGAAAAGAAAUAAAAUGUCGGACAGCCAAGAAAUUAUGGUCGCAAGUAGCCCCGACUUUGUUACGGAGCUUCUUCCAUCUGCUCAGCGUACAGCUUUGCUCUACCAUCUCUCUUACCUCUGUCUGGCUAAGUUCCCCAAGUUGGAGAGGGUUCUCCGAGAGCGUGCUGUUGAAACUCAGCUUCUCUUUGGGUCCUCGGAGGCUCUUCUGCUGAAGUGUGCGGCCACAAGUAAAAACCUGGUUUCCACGCUGCUGCCUGCGCUGAUGAUUGCUGUUGAAAAGGAUAAAAGCAUUUUGGCUAUUAAGUCCCUGGAAAAAGCCAGACAAUGGAUCAUGGAAAUUGUUGAAAAAGUGGGACAGAUGGUAGACAGAUAUGAGAAACACAACCACAGUGUGGCUUCCUGCACCAGUGAUGUAAUUCUUGAAAAGGCUGAGACAGAAAAAAAAAAAGAACAAACUAAUAAGGACAUACAGGCUCAGGAGACGGCGGUGAGGGAUCUCGAAGAUCAACUGAAGAAAAACAAUGAGAAAAUUAGACAAAUUGAUGCAAAUAUUGCACAGAAAAACGCUGAGCUGUAUAAUCAUGUCAAAGACACUUCUACCAAAAGUAAUGGUCUGAGUAUCUUUGCUGCCCUUGUACCAUUUGUUGGACCCCUUGUUAAAUCCAUUUGUGAUGCUAAAACUGCCCCUGGUGUAGCUGCAAAAACCCAGAUUCUGACCAGCGAAUUGUCUCAACUCUCCAUUGAGAAAUCAAGCCUGAUGAGCAUGGAGUGGAACAUCCAUGUCAGGAUGACUGAUAUGCAGUUGAAGUUGGCAAGCAUGAAAAUAGAAAAUGGUUCAAUACCGGACCCUGUCCAUCUGAAUGAUGUACAAAAAUGCCUUUCCCAAAUCCAAAACAUUCUGAUUCAGCUUCAGAAGUUCUGGGAAUCAGUGAGCGUAAUGCUGGAGGCUCUCAAAGACAAAACUUUUGCUAAUGAAUGCUUCAUUGAGGAGAGUGAAAUGAAGGAGAUCUUUCUGGAGUCUAUUCGUACAGCAAAAGGGGUAACUUAG